CCAGUCGAGAAUGCUUCGACUUCCUGGCCGCCGUGCGGCGAUGCUCGCACGCGUCCGUCGCCCUCUGCUUCAAGAACGCUUAAUGGUGUGCCAGGUUGAACCACACCAAACCAUUCGUAUGGUGGCCCCACUACAACAACGCACAUUCUUCAAUUGGCUCGGACGUGAAAAGGAAAAGGAGCACAUCGCGCCCACGGCGCCAGUGGACGCUCCGGAUGCAGCAAUCGACGAUACAUUGACACAGGUUGCCACAAGAGCAACCAAGAUUGAAGAGUUUUUGACGCAAAAGCAAGCCAACAUCGACUACUCGUUGGGGAAGUUUGCCCCGUUGGCCGACGGCAGCGUCAUGGCACGAUGGGGUAAUUCCAUGGUUUUGACCACCGUCGUGAGUGCACAUGCAACGGACCCGGCGGCGGACUUCCUGCCACUCAUGGUCGACUAUCGCGAAAAAUUCUCGUCCACCGGCACUAUUCCUGGUACUUUCAAGCGUCGCGAGAUGGGAUCGGAUGCCGAGGUCCUCAAGAGCCGUGUGAUCGACCGCAUCGUUCGGCCUCUCUUUCCCAAAGGAUACAGCUUUGAAACGCAGAUCUUGGCGACGGUCCAGUCGUUCGAUGUCGACCACGACCCUGUUGUUCUCGCCGUCAACAGCACGUCCGCGGCGCUCAUGUCGUCCAACAUCCCGUGGAAUGGCCCCAUCGGGUGUGUUCGCGUCGUGCAAGUUGGCGACGACCUCAUUGUCCACCCCACAGCGGAUGAGGUCAAGGCCGCGACCUUGGACUUGCUUUAUGCAGGCACUGCGCACCGCACGAUGAUGAUUGAGGCGGAAGGUCAUCAAGUCCCAGACGCAAUCGUCCAGGAAGCACUUCGUCUAGCCCAUCGCCACAUUCAACCGCUCAUCGAAGCGCAGCUGAGUUUGCCGCAAAAGACCAAGCGCGAGUUCUCCCCGCUCGAGAUUCCUCCAGACAUGACCGCAAUGGCAGCAACGUUGCGCUCGGACAUUCGCGCAUUGCUUGGAAGCUUCCAGCAAACGAACAAUUCAAAAAAGGACCGCCAAGCCCUCGAAAGCAAAUGCUACAACGUGAUCAAGGACAAACUCGUGGCAGCUUUUCCCGCGUACACCAAGGAGAGCCCCGUGGUGAACUCUGUCGCACACGACUUGAUUCAAGACGCGCUUCGGUCGAACGCUUUGGCUGGAAUCCGCUUGGACGGGCGCCCCGACACCGCGGUUCGAUCGCUCGACAUGGAAACGUCAGUGCUGCCAAUGGCGCACGGGUCGGCGCUCUUUAGUCGAGGCUACACGUCCGCGCUGUGCACCGUCACGUUGGGAAGCUUGGACUUGGCGAUGCGCGUGCGGUCAGCGCUGACUGACAACGACAAGUUUGAAUCGAAGCGGGCGUUCUUGCAGUACGAAUUUCCUCCGUACUGCGUCAACGAAAUCGGCAAGCUCGGCGCGCCGAACCGCCGCAUGAUCGGACAUGGAGCGCUCGCGGAGAAGGCAAUUUUGCCCGUGCUACCGCCGCUGGCGCAACUGCCCAACGCGAUCCGCAUGACGUCCGAAACACAGGGUUCGGAUGGAUCGAGCUCGAUGGCGACGGUUUGUGGGGUGUCCCUCGCUCUACUCGACGCGGGCGUUCCCAUCACUGCUCCUGUCGCAGGCAUUUCCAUCGGGCUUGUCAGCGGCGGCGAUCUCACGGAUGGCAUCUCCCCCAUCGAAGAGUACCGCCUCCUCACCGAUAUCUUGGGCACCGAAGACCACUACUUCGACAUGGACUUCAAGAUUGCCGGCACCGCGAACGGCAUGACAGCGAUGCAAUUGGACGUCAAGUUGCCUGGUGUGCCGGUCGAGAUUUUGUGCGAGAGCAUCGAACGCGCGUCGUCUGCGCGAGGUCACGUACUCACCGAGAUGGGCAAGGUGCGCGUCGAGCCACGAGCGAUCCCUCUCCCUUCCAUCGGGUCGUCCAUCAUCCAUCACGUCACAUACGACCCGUCGAUGCGUGGCGUGUUGAUCGGAUCGGGCGGCGGAACGAUUCGCGAGCUGGAAACGCAAUCGAACUGUGCGAUUCACUGCAAAGAAGGCGGUUUGGCCGAGAUCAUUGGUAAAACAGAGGAAGACGUGGCGCUGGCGACGCGCCUCGUCCAAGAAAUCACGUUUGUGUAUCGGCGCAAUCAACGGUACAACGUGGUCGUCCAGACCGUGAUGGACUUUGGAUGCAUCGUCGUGCCCGAGUUUGCCUAUGGCACGCCCCAAGCGCUGGAAAAAUCCAAGCAAGCAUUCUUGCACGUGACGGAAAUGGCGCACACCCCCGUGAAGCGAGCCAACUUGGCCGUGAAACCGGGUCAAGUGUUGGAGUGCUGGUGCAUUUUUGCCGAGCGCGACAUGACCAAGCUGUCGAUGAAGGCCCUGGUCGAUCCCGACACGAACAAAGCGUUGACCGACGCCGAAGCCAUCGACCAACAAGUCAAGCUAGAAGAAGCCCUGAAACGCAAUCGAAUGACAUAAUACAAUUUUAGACCUGCCGCGGUGGAUCGACGUGAGAAGGGUGGUAGGUGUGUGGCGUCGACACCGGCACGUAGCUUCCUUCCAUCAUCGACUUUAACUUGCCGUGGAACCAUCGCAUGAAGCAGACCCCGACAAAGAGAGCAAACAAGCCGAAUGCACCGCCGACCACGAUGACGACCACGUCGCGGGAUGGGUUCAGCGUCGGCGAUGGCACGACGGGUUUGUUGUUGGUGGGGAGCGGAGUCAACGGCGCGACCUUGGUCGGUGAUGAGGUCACGAUGGGCUGGGCCGUCGGCGCUUUGGUGCGACUGGCCAACACUUGUAAGUCCCUGAGCCAGGACGCCAUCAGUUUGCUGCCCUCGGGACGACACCACCCCGUGCCAAGCACAACCAGCUGGCAUGGCACAACGAAACUCCCGUCGGACGCAGGACACGUCCCUGCCACGGGCUCCUGGAUGGGAGAAGCAUGGAUCGCGGCAUGCGUGGAGUUGGCGCUGCGAUGUAACUGGGCAGAUAGCUCAGGGAUCGUGGUGCUGGGUAGGGUAUCUUGGGACCAAAGGCUCGAGUUGGAGACCGCUGGCGGAGCGAAGACUUCGAUAGCACACUUGAGGGGCGUUCGCAGCUGGGUCGGCAGGGACGUAUUCAAGCGAAGGUAGUAUUCCCCAACUGCAUUCACACAAGUGUUGAGCGUCACGCCCAAGUCGCUCGAUCGAAAGGCAAUCGACGACAUCGGAGCACCAACAUCGACUUCGCCGCCCCAGCCACACGGCGUCAAGACUUUUGCAAACUGCGUCGCGGUAACGCGAACGUACCCUGCGUCCCAAAGCAACGCUCGUUGUGCGAAUGUGUUCAACGUGGUCCAGGUCAGGUUGGUGCCCUGCAGCCGCGACAACACGUCACUUGGUACCGAUGCUGUCAGCGCUGGUGGUUGGGACAGCAAGCGAUCGUACAGGAAUUUGUACCUCGCAACAAAGUCGGACGACUCUCUCCAUCUCCCGGGGGUGUCUGGAGGGGUCGUUGUCGGCGGAGCCGUGAUGAUCGCCGGCACAGCGGUGGUGUUGGCAUCGUCCAUCGUUGCACGCACGAUUUCAAACGCCCACCGUUACCGAAUCAUCGCAC